AUGAUAUCACACCAAUUAAAAAAAAAAAAAAAAAAAAAAAACCAGUCAAUCACUGCAUUCCAAUUCAUAUUUCUCUCUCUUUCUCUUUCAUGCAUAUUUGUCCGCUCUCUAGGUAGACUAUUGUAGUAUCCGCCGCCUUGAACCCCAAACCCACAUUCAUACUGUGACUUUUCUCUUCCAAAAAUGUCUGAAAGCUCCGAAAUCGUCACCAAAGAAACCGACCCAAAAGAACCGCGAAACGUUUUCGCACUUUUCGCCAAGUUCAAGCUUCCACUGCCGUUUCUGAAGCCCAAAGAUGGCCCCGUCGCCGAAGAUGGACCGAGAGAACCAGUGGUUUCCGACGGAGGGACCGAAAGUCGGAAAGUUGAUUUUGUGAGGAUUCCGAAGGCGCAAGUGGCGGUUCCGCCUCCGGUGGCGGUAGAGAACGAAGAGGCUAACAAGACUUCGAAUCCGAUUAUACUCUGGCAGGUUUAUGCACUUGGAGGGUUUAUGGUUAUGAGGUGGAUUUGGGCAAGAUGGAAUGAAAGGAAAGGCAGAAAGGAGAAUUCUUCUGAAGACGAUGACGAUGAGCAUUUAGAUGAAUAGGUGUUAGCCUUACCGUGUGAAAUCCUUGAAACAUCAGAAUUUUGAGAACAGAAUUAUUUGUAUUUUCAGUUCUUAGUCAAAUUAUUAUCUUUCCAUAUGUGCUUGCAAUCA